UUCCAGAAACUCUUCACAUCAAGAAAGGAACAUCCUACAGCCUGAACUUCAGACAUCUACAGCUUUGGCUUUUCUGCCUGUUCUUGACAGGUCACUCAAAGACUGAAUUUUCCCUUGUGGGUCAUGAUGUUCAGCUCUGGACAGAUCCUCUCGUCUCUGAACCCUGGAGUUCUACACUCCCCAGUGACUCAGUUCUUUCCUGCUUUCCCCAGCAGGCUGGGCCAUCCUCAGCUUCUGAUCCCUGCUCCACUGCUUAGCUAUGAGUUCCUGCGUGCCUACCUACAACCUGAGCCGUGUAAACAAGCUCUGCUGCUGGCCUCACAGGCAUCUUCUAUGGUUCGCCUUUCCAGUGACACCGAUGAGCCACGGCCCGCCAAGCAGCGGCGCGCCCGUGCCAACUACAGCAGCUGGCAGCUGGAAGAGCUGGAGAAGGCCUUCAAGAGCACGCACUACCCCGACGUGUUCAUGCGCGAGGCCCUGGCACUCCGGCUGGACUUAAUCGAGGCUAGAGUUCAGGUGUGGUUCCAGAACCGCAGGGCGAAGAUGCGCAGACAGAUGAAACUUCAAGGCCAGACUGUAGACAUGUGUGCGGGGGAUAAUGAUAGUGAGGCGAGACAACCAGCACCAUCUAGCAGGAGCACGGAGUCAGACAGCGACCAAGUCCCAUGCUGGGACAGCAAACAGGAGAAGAACGCUGGACACAGACUGCACCAGGGGACCAGACAGCAGGCGGGAGAGACAAGUCCAGAGGAGUUCGCUAUUGCAGCAUUGCCAAACUGAGGGCCAAGGCCAGGGAUUACGAAGCCGAGAUCCACAGUACGGCAGCCAAGGGCGAUAGGAAGUGGUGCUUGAAAGCUCACAUGUCCGAAAGUGACUGAUGAACAUGUAUCUGUGAAAAUAUCCGAAUUCCUUUUCUGCUGGUUUAUUUAUUGUCACCCCAUUAUUUCACAGGUUGGGGAAUGAUACUUCACAUUUUUACUUUUUUAUUUUAGACUAAUAUUUGAGUUUUUUUUGUAUGAAUUAAACUGGUAAAAUCUCUGAUUGCUAAGAU